AUGGGUUUCAAUCGCAGGGCCGUGGAGGCUGGAGAGGACCUGGAGUGCACCUCGCUCACCCCAGCUCUAGCGGGUCAGCCGGAGCAGGCCGCCCGGGGGCCCCCGCCUAUCUUGCAGUUGGAUGCUGACAACUAUGAGACUGAUCCCUGCCUGAAAGAGAUUCGGAGAGCAGAAAAUUAUUCCUGGAUGGAUAUAAUAACCAUACAUAAAGACAAGCUUCCAAAUUAUGAGGAAAAGAUAAAAACAUUUUAUGAAGAACAUUUACACCUAGACGAUGAAAUUCGCUACAUCUUAGAUGGAUCUGGCUAUUUUGAUGUUCGUGACAAGGAUGACAAAUGGAUCCGGAUUUCCAUGGAAAAAGGAGACAUGAUAACCCUCCCUGCUGGCAUAUAUCACCGAUUUACACUGGAUGAGAACAAUUACGUGAAGGCAAUGAGGCUAUUCGUUGGAGAACCUGUCUGGACAGCAUACAACAGGCCGGCUGAUGAUUUUCCUGCUCGGAAACAGUAUAUGAAGUUUUUGGCUGAAGAAGCAAGUAAUGGUGUCUGAGACCCGACAGGUGGAACAGCCUAAAGCCCUGUCAGAAAAAAUGUGACUGGUGGCUUUUUGCUGAUUAGACUUCUAUUUACAUAUGCAAUUGGAAUCACAGAAUCAUAGAAAAAUUUAGGUUGAAAGGUCAUGUGGAGGUCAUCUAAUCCAACCCCCUGCAAAGUACCAGGCCAACUUUAAAGCUAGACCAAGUCGCUCAAGAUCUUGAGGUUUGGAAACCUCCAGUGGUGGCGGUUCCACAGCCUGUCUGGGUGCUCAUUCCAGCACUUGGCUUCUCUCAGGGGCAAGCAUUUGUUCUUCACGGCCAACUCCGUGGUCACAGCUUGCAGUUCUUGUCUCUUGCCCUUUCAUUGAAUGCCUGAGAAGAGGCUGGCUUUGUCUUCUCUGCAGUCCCUUCUCUAGUGGGAAACUAGUUAGGUCUCCUCUCAGCCUUCUCUUUUCCAGGCUCAACAAACUAGUGUUCUUAGCUGGGUUCUUUUCUGUUAAGGAAGAUGUUCAACACAUUUUGCCUUAGCUUUGACUACUGAGGAAUGUCACUUGUAACCACCUGACAUUUAGACUUGAAGCACUGACUGUUUUGAGCCCAAUGGUCCAGAAGAUUUUCACCCACCUCAUAGUUCGUAUCCUCAGUCCGGCCACAAGGCUGCUGUGGGACACGCUGUUGAAAGCCUUGCUGUGGUCAAGGUGAAUGACAUCUGCUGCUUCCCCUCCACCAAGGAGGCAGUCAUUGCAUCUUGGAUGGCAGUCAGGAUGGUCAGGCAGAAUGCACCCUUGGUAAAUUGGUGUUGACUGGUUGCUCCCUAUCACCUUGUAUUUCAUGUGCCUGGAACAGCUUCCACAAUGCCUUAUUCUGUAAUUUUCCGCGGGACUGAAGUGAGGCUGACCAGCCUGUAGUCCCCCAGAUCUUCUUUCUUGCCCUUUUGAAGGUGGCAGUAUCAUUUGCCUUUUUCCAGUCACAAAGGUUUUCCUGAUCUCCUUGACCUUUCAAAGAUGCCAGCAGCCUUGCAGUGACAUUAGCUAGUUGCAUUUACAGUUGCUCAGGAAUCCAUUUUCUAAUAUUUUUUUUCCUUGAUAUUUCUGUCAGGUAGAAUUGGGAGAGGUGGGCUACAUUAAUAUUCAUUCUGCUCUGAAUCCAUGCUAAUGAACUAUAUAGGAAUCUGUUUUUAAUUAAAGAAAAUAAACCCUGCUUCAUUCUUGCCUAAAAAUGUUCAUAAGAUAAAUUUGCAUAAUCAUCAUUUUAGUAUGCAGCUUCCCAAGUUCUGCCGUGGUACAUAAAGCUGUGGUUUUCUCUCAGUAAAAUGCAGCAAUUUGCUCUUGUGAGAUAUUAAUAAAAUUACUUUGACUUAGG